AUGGAAGAAGUCCCUGCGUACGACCCGAACGAUCCGGCCCCAGUCCACCCCACAAUAAUUAAUCUCAUCAAGGUCUUCUUCGUGCAUCUUGGCUGCAGCUACCCGUUCCUGCAUGAGGCACGGGUGCUGCGCAUGGUGAAAGAAAAGAGGCUGGACGCAAUCCUAGUGGACGCGAUAUGUGCCUUGGCGGCCAGGUUCUCGACCGCGGCGGACUCUCUGGCUGCCGGCGGGGAAGGCUCGAAGUGGGAUUACGGCAAUGCUUUUGCGCAGAGAGCAAGGACCGCAACGGUCGAUGCAUUCCCAUGUCCCUCGGUCGGCGCAGUCCAAGCAUAUCUGCUCAUGGCUUACGAGGGCUUUGGCGCAGGACAAGACAGUACGCUGUGGAUGUAUCUUGGUCUCGCAAUCCGCAUGGCAUUUGACCUGGGCCUUCAGAAAAAUGAAGGCGUUCAAUUUCAAGGCGACAAAGACCCGUGGUACACCCGAUCCUGGAAUCAUGCAAAUGGUGAUGAGGAGGACAUCAUUACUGCAAUACCGAAGAGCGAGACGCUUAAUCCGGAAGAGCAGCAGGAGAUCGUUCAGGAGCGUGUCGACACUGCCUGGGCUGUCUACAUCCUAGACAGGAUCAUUUCCUCGGGGACUGGUCGGACCGUCACCAUCAAGGACGAGGAAUUCGAACUGCCAACUCCGGAACCAAUAAUCGAUCCAGUCUCGGGCUGGCCACUUCCUUAUCCUGCCUUUAUCCAGAUCACUCAGUUUUAUGGCCGUGUCUCCGACGUGCUGAACAAGAUCAACAAGGUGCAGGAUCUCACAGAGGAAAAGAUGGCUAUACUGGCCAAGAUUGAGAGUGACCUGACCAAGCUCUACCACAAGCAAGACCCCCGAUUGCAUUUUAAUCCGUUACACUUCCAGAAUUACGUCAAGCAUGGACAGGGAACUACCUUCAUCCUCCUGCAUGUCUGGUUUCACGCCUUGAUCAUUGUUCUUCACCAACCGCUCCUGACGUCCUUCGGUAUCAGGCAGCCUCAAUUGACAUCGCACAGUCGAGAGCUGGCCAUGUCAAGUGCCAAAACGAUUGCCGAUAUUCUCGCCUUGGCUGAGCUCAUUGACCCGAAAAGCUACAUCGGCAACCCGUUCAUAUCGCAGCCUAUGUACAUUGCUGCGUGCGCCUUCCUGACCGAGUCCGCUGCCGUAGCCUCGCAGCCCGUCUCAAGGGAUGCCUCGCCGCCGGUUGCGAACGCGAGUGUGAAUACAAACUCGACAAGACCAGCCAACAGGAAGGCCAAGUCAGGCGCCGAGUCGAGGUCUUCCAAGCAUUCAUUGUUGGCUGAUGCGGCGAAUCAAAACUAUCAAAGAUGCUACAAGGUUUUGCAACAGCUCAUCAUGUACUGGAACGGUGUCAACUACAUUCUGGUCGCUUUAGAACACAGGUCAAAGGGCGUUUGGGACUGCGAAACCUACACUGCCGAGGAGUACGAGAGCACAAAAUUGCCUCGCCGUCCUACUUCAUUAAGUCGGUUUGCGCGACUCGACAACCCAUCUUCCCCUCAGCCGAGCGCGCCUCCCAUUGCAUGGUCGCUCACUGGAACAACAAAUUCACCAAACUCGAGUCUCACACUUUUGUACCAGAACAUGAACGCGGGAGCAUCGCAGACAACUCAGGGUCCUACACAUCCGCCUCCACCACCUGCGCCUCAAUCCGCUCCAACGCCGCCGGGCAACAUGAUCUACGACCCAAUACGGCAGAGCCUCCCGGAGACGCCAACAGCUUUCUCCUCUGCGUUCCCACAACAAAAUUUGUCUUCGAUGCGAUACUCCGCGACUAAUUCGGCCGCGCACCGCAUGACCCCGUCGCUAUCCACCAGCCUUACCUCAGAUACCAGAUCAGGUCUGACACCUGAGGUCGGCCCAGGCACACCCGCGAGCGACGCCAGGCUUCAGGUCUUGUCUGGGAUCGCAAGUGGAGGUCCUGUUCAUCCACCAUUAUCAACGCACCCAUUCACACCGGCGUCAAACUACGAAUCCUCUGUGCUUCAGGGUACCUCGCCUCCUAACUCGCUCAACGAUCCAACCUCUGUCCACCAACAGCGCAUGCACCAGCUCAACCACGCCGCUCAGGGCCACACGCCCAAUGACGUGGUUGGGAAUUAUGGUCACGAUUUCGCGCAGAAUGGCCUUGCCUCAGGCUCAUACCCUUAUUUUGGUGGCGGGCCAAUAGCUGAUGCUAUCACAGUGGAAGAGAUCAACAUUGGAUCGCUCGGGCUUCCGAAUGAUAUGAUGCCGCCGUGGGACUUCUUCCCCGGUGACUUUACUGGCCUGUUCGAUGCGAAUCACCUUGGAGGCGGCCCCGAAAACCAGGGACACAUGUGA